UCUGAUAAUUUUCACGCUAAUUUGCGGGUAUUACGAUCAAUUUUCUUUAUGGCGGCGAUAAUUUUGAUAUGGAAUCGUGCCAUAAUAUUAUACAAAUUAACUCAUAAAUAUCUUAUUGAUUCAUAUAAAUAUCCGAUUACUUCUUCGUUUUCUCUAUUGCUUAUGUGGGUUUUUGAACUUUAAGAAUUUGCAACAAUGGAGAAGUCAAAUCAACCACAAAAAAAAGUUUUGAAUAAUUAUUUGGGCAGAGGAUUGAAAUUGGAUGUCUCAGUUGUCAAGGCUAUCAGGGAUACCUACUGUGAUUCUCCUUCAGGAAGUAGUGAAAAUGCUUUAUCACUUUCUCGUCCCAACUUUGAGUUGUUGUAUGAAACUCCUGAAAGGUCUACAAACCAGAGGCGUGUGCAAAUAAGGAGUUCAAUUGGAGAGAUUAGGGAGCAAAGGGUUGAAGGUCUCACAAUUGUUUCUAAAGUACCUUCACACUCUACUCCCAAAAGUUAUAAUCAAGUUGCAAAAUCAAACAUGGAUGAAUUAGGUAUAAGUAACCAUAAACCGACAAGAAAGUUAGAUGAGAAGAAACGAGCAAAAGGGGUUGAGGAUGAAUUUUUGGAUAUACAAUUUCAGUUUGUGAAACACAACAAAAGAAGAAAGGUUGAUGGGGCCAGUGGGUAGAUAACAAAUUUGAAGAUAUUUUAUGUUUGUAUUUAAGAUUAUCGCAACAUCAGUUAUACUUGUA